AUGGGUCGCAAGGGAAAGAAAGGACGUCGCAAUGACGACGACGACGACUGGGCCGAGCUGGAGGCAAAGGCUGGCGUCGUGGACCCGCUGAGCCAAAGCAACGACGGCAACAACAACAAUGGUAGCGCCGAUGCCAAGGGCGGUAAGAAGGGUGGUAAGAAGGGCGGAAAGAAGGGCCGCCGCGGGCAGCGCGGCAACGACAGCGACGAUGAGGACGAGGCCUCUGCUCGCGCAGGGCUGAACAACCUGGCCCUCGACGACGACGAGGCCACAAACAGCGUGCCCCAGCCCGCUUCAAAGAGCCAGAAGAAGAACAAGAAGAAGGGCAAGAAGGGCAAGAAGCAGGACCUGUGGGGCGACGAUGACGAGGACGUUGACGUUCUCAACAACGUGGAGCAGGAGGACGAGCAGCCUGCCGUGCCACAGCCCGCCUCAAAGAAGAACAAGAAGAAGAACAAGAAGAAGGGCAAGAAGCAGGACCUGUGGGACGACGACGAGGAGGAGGAUGGCGUGGACCCGCUUGCUGCCGCCGCUGCGGAAGAGGAGGUCGAGGAAGCCAUCCCACAGCCCGCGUCAAAGAAGAACAAGAAGAAGAAGGGCAAAAAGGGAAAGAAGCAGGACCUGUUCCCCGAUGAGGACGAAGACAAGGAGGAGCAAGCGGAGGAAGAAGCAGCAAACGACAUCGGCGAUGAUGAGGAGGUGGACGAGGAGGUGGAGGACGUGCCAAAGCCUGCAACGAAGAGCCAGAAGAAGACCAAGAAGAAGAAGGGCAAGAAGGGCAAGCAGCCAUCCAUCAGCGAGGACGAGGAGGAAGCAGACGCGGAUGAGGAGGAGAAUGAAGGUGGCGAUGAGAAUGGCGAUGAGGAGGAGGAUUACUUCUACAACAGUGACGAGGAGCAACAGCAGGAGGAAGAGGAGGACCAGCAGCCAAAAGAGAAAAAGUCUCGCAAGCAGCGAAAGAAAGAGGCCGCGAAGGCCAAGUUCGAUGCGAUGCUGGCAGCCCGCGAAGCCGACGGCAACUUCUCCGUCACGCAGCGCGCGUCCACAGACGAGAUUCCCGAGGGAACACUUGAUAUCAUCAUCGAUGCCUUCUCCAUCUCCGCACGUGGCAAAGACCUGUUUGUCAACGCGUCCCUCAAGAUCACACACGGCCGCCGCUACGGUCUCAUUGGACCCAACGGUCACGGCAAGACGACGCUGCUGAAGCAUCUUGCCGAGCGCAAACUCCGCUUCCCGCCAAACAUCGACGCCCUCCUCUGCGAGCAGGAGGUGAAAGCAAACGACCUGUCUGCUGUUGAGGCCGUGCUGUCUGCGGAUACGCGUCGCACAGAACUCCUCGCCAAGGAGAAGGAGCUCACGAAACUGCUGGAGAGAGGCAAGGGCGACGACAAGACCACAAAGGAACUCGAAGAGGUGUACACGGAGAUGCAGGCCGCUGGUGUUGCUGCUGCCGAGGCAAAGGCCCGCAAGAUCCUGGCGGGUCUUGGGUUCAGCAUGGAGAUGCAGGCGCGGCAAACAAAGAACUUUUCCGGUGGCUGGAGGAUGCGUGUGUCGCUGGCCCGCGCUCUGUUCAUUGAACCGACGCUGCUGAUGCUUGACGAGCCCACCAACCAUCUCGAUUUGAAUGCUGUCAUCUGGCUUGACAACUACCUGUCCAAGUGGAAGAACACGCUGCUGAUUGUGUCCCACGACCAGGACUUCCUUGACAACGUGUGCACAGACAUCAUCCACCUCGACAUGAAGAAGCUCUUCUACUACCGCGGCAACUACAGCGUGGUGAUUGUGAGUCACGAUGCACGCCUGAUCCUGGAGACGGACUGUGAGCUGUACGAGUGCGCAAACCGCACGUGCAAACGCAUCGAGGGCGACUUCAAUGACUACCGCGAGAUGGUGCUGGCGCGGCUGGAGGACGACACGAUUGUGGAGGUUGAGGGCCGGCGUGUGGAGACGGCAGCAACGAAGGCAGCGCAGAAGAAGGUGGACGAGGCCAACAAGAAGAAGAAGAAGAAGAAGAACAUCGGGUUUUAA